AUGGUGUUUAAGACAGAAAACCAGUACUCAGGACCAAGUAAAAUGAGCAACAUGAAGAAUUUAGCAGACUGGAUUUUUGUAGUUAACAGAUUGAAAAUAAUUGAAAUGAAAAACUCCGGAGUAGAGGCUAAAGUAAUUAUGGACGAGUUCAAGAUAACCGAAGAUACGCUACAGGAUAUAAUGAAAAAUGAAGAUAAGUAUAAAUUACUUAAAGAAUCAUAUCUGGUAUCGUUUUUAAAAGUGAAAGAAAUGAUAAGUAUCGCCCCUGAAUACAAAGAAUUGGAACAACAUCUUCUUACUUGGCUGAGUGAAGUUCGAAGUCAAGGACUUGGGUUAGACAGUCUGACGUUUCAAAAGAAGGCAAUGGACUUAUAUGAUAAGAUGGGUUCGACGUUUCCUUUUAGGGCUAGUUAUAAGUGGGUUCACUUUUUUGAAAAAUGUCACAAUGUUAAAGUCACUUUUGGGGCAAGGGAAAAUAAUAUGAACGUAGGUACGUUAUUUGGGGAUCAAACAGAUUCGGAUAUUUUGAAUAAUCAGGCAGAGGAAAUUGAUGAAGAGAAAUUGGAGGCAACUGUUAGUAGGCAAGAGUCGAUAAUAAAUAAAGAAAUUGAAGAAUUAGAUGAACUGGAAAUAGGAGAAGAAGUGGAAAUUGGAGGAGAAGUAGAAAUAGAAGAAGAAGUGGAAAUAGAAGAAGUGAAAAUAGAAAAAGUGGCAGUAGAAAGAGAAGCAGAAGUAGACAGAGAAUUAACAGUUGGAAGUAUAAUAAUUGUAACUAUUUUCCAAAAUGAUCCGAUACUUUACCAAGAAACGCAAGAAGAAGAUAAACGAGAAGAGGUAGAAAACCCGAGUGAAGAAAGUGAAGAACUAAAAAAUAAAGGAAUAGAAGAGGAAGCUUUGAAUAAUCAGUCUGAUCUUUUAGACGUUUCAGAAAAUUUAACAGAAGAAAUAGAUACAGAAGAAUCAAUAUUUCCAAAUAUCAGUCAACAGGAAUUUUUGAUAAAUUUGGGAAUUGAAAAGAAAAGAGACGAAACAGAGGGAAAAAGAAAAAUUGAAAACGAAGAAGAAAAUUUUAAAGACAGAAACGACGAAGAAGAAAACUUUUCGGGUAAUCUAUUGAACUUUUUAGACAGUUCAGAAAUUAGUACAGGGGAAAUAGACAAAAUGAUAAUUCCAAGUACCGAUCUACAAACGCUCAUAAAUCAAGUUAUUGAAGAUAAAGAAGAAGUCGUCGGAGAGGAAGGCGAAGAAUUAAGAGGCAGAGAAGUAGAGAAAGGAUGCUCGAUUGAUGAAUGGAAUUUUUCAAAUACUUCAGAAAAUAGAACAGAGGAAAUGGAUAAUGAAAAAUUGAUAUUUCCGAGUACUAGUCAACAAGUGUCUAUGAUAAAUACGAAUAUUGAAGAAAUAGGUAAUGAAGAAGAGGAAGUAAGAGUUGAAAACAAAGAAGAAGAAUUUUUGAGUGAUGUAUCGAAUCGUACUAAUGCUGCAGAAAAUUCUAGAACAGAAGUGAAUCAAGAAAGAUUAAUGUCCUCAAGUACGAGUCAACAAGUGUCUGUAAUACAUAAAAAAUCAGAAGAUGCGGAUGCUGUUCCUGAUUCUCAUAAAUAUUUUGACAAUAACGAAGAAAAUAAAAUACCGUCCAAGGUUUCAAUUCUCUCCAUCGAAAAAAACAAAAUUUUGAAAAUAGAUGUUACGAAGAUGAGAAAUACUGGAAUGAAAAAGCGAAAAAUUAUGGAACAAUGUGAUAUCACUGAUAGUAUGAAGAAAUUGAGUAUGAAAAAUCAAAAAGAAGAUAAAACAGCUGUAAGUAAUUAUUCUGAAAGAACUAAAUCCAAUAAAUGGGUUUGUAGAAACCGUUUAAUCAAAAAACUAGAAGAAAAUAUGCUAGCCUGGUUAAUCGAUGCGCGAAGUAAGGGUAUUCUGGUAAAUGGAAAAAAAUUUAAAAAUAAAGCAUUACAAUUCCACCAAGAGUUGGGUAUGAAAUAUUUUUUUAGGGCCAGUUAUUAUUGGAUUAAUGCGUUUGAAAAACGUUACAGAGUUAAAAUAAUUAGGAAAAAAAGAAAAUCAAAUGGCAGGGCAUAUAGACCAUUGAGAACUCGACCUCAUCUUCCUCGUAUGUCAAAAAGACGAAUAGAGAAUAUGAUGAAAAAUGAAUUAUUGUUACCGAGUGCGAGACAAAAUGCGUCUGUACGACAUCAAGAAGAACGGGAUGAAACAGAAGAGAAUUAUGAGUUCGCGGGUAAUUUACCAAAUCCAUACGAAGGACUUGAGGAACGUCUUUUAAUUUGGUUAAAUGGAGUACAGAACCAAAAACAAUCACGAAACGGAUUGAUAUUUAAAAGAAAAGCAAUGGAAAUAUAUGAAGAGUUAGGCGGGAAAUUUCCUUUUAAGCCUACCUACGAUUGGGUUUCUUCUUUUGAAAAACGUCAUAACGUUGAAAUAAUUAAACGUAAUAAAGUUAGUGAAAAUGAUGUAAUUGAAUUUUAUUUGACAAGGAAUCAAUUCGAUUUUCCGAGCUCUUCAAAAAAUUCAGCAGUAAGUAAGCGAACAUUUAAAGGUAUUGGAAACACAGAUGGAAUAAGAGAAGAAUACGAUGAGAAUGAAGAAAACGAUGGAGGAAUAGUAGAAAAAUACGUUGACGAUAAUGAACAAGAAGAAGACAUGGAUGCUGAAAAUGGCGAAGAAGAGAACGCUGAAGAUUGUGAAGAAGAGAACGCUGAAGAUCGUGAAGAAGAAAUAGAUGCAGAAGAAGCAUAUGUCGACGUUGGUGAAGAAGAAACAGAUGCAGAAGAAGAAUACGUCGAUGAUGGUGAAAAAAUAGAUGCAGGAGUAAAAAACGUCAACGAUAGUGAAGAAGAAUACACUGAAGAUCGUGAAGAAGAAACAGAUGCAGAAGAAGAAUAUGUCGACAAUGGUGAAGAAAAAGAAAAUUACGUCGAAACGAGUGAAACAGAGGAAGAAUCCGUUGAUGAUAAUGAAGAAGAAAAUCACCAACAAGACCAAAGAGAUAAGGAAAAAAAUCAAGGAAUAAAAGAAGCCAAUGAUGAUGGACUAUCGUCUAAUCUAUUGAUUAAUGAAACGCAAGAAGAAGAAGAAGAAGAAAAUGGAAAUCAAAAAGAAGAUGAUGAAGACACAUGGGCACAUGAUGGAGAUUCUUCAAUAAGUCAUGGAGAAGAUUUAAAUGGAAAUAUUCUCCCACAUAUUUCGGGAAAUUCAGUUUUGAGUGAAACAAAAACUACAGAAGAAACUCUAAGUCGACAGCAAAUAAAGCAAAAAGAAAAACGAACUAAACACGUAACCUUUGCUAUCAAUAACGAGCCCAGCGAUGCCCGACAGCCAACAGUCAGUUCGUCGACCCACUCAUCUUUUUUACUGUCUCUGGAGAAGUUUAACGGAAUCGAAGAUUAUUUAACGAUACUGAAGUAUCAACUGAUUUUUAGUGAAUGCAAAAAAAUGAUUGAGAAAGAAGAAAUCGCAAUAUUUUUCAAACAACAACAGAUUAAAGAAUUGAAACAAGCGUUAGAUAUUUUGAUUAAAACAAUAACUUCAGAAGAUGAAUUAUUGAAUCAACUUUUAAUGGACGAAACUUGGACACCGUUUGGCCGAAUGCUGUGUGCUGAAGAUAUUGCAUGGGUAUCCAAAGAUCGCAUUCUUUGUACAUUUUGUUACGAAGAUACUGAAGACGAGUACGAUAAUUACUGCAGAAGUGCGAUCGGCCAUAAAUUAACAUCAAGUAAAAAACUUAACAGCCGAAUUUGCGGUAAAUGCAGUAAAUCAACUCUUGACUUUCGUCCAGCUGCCAAAUGCACUGAGUGUAUUAUUCCUUUUUGGCGAAGUAAACCUUAUUUUAGAUUACUUUGCAAGUAA